AUGGCUUUACGACAGAGAAUUGCCCAUCUUCGUGGCCCAGUGGGAUCACUCACAAGGACUGGCCCGUCAUCACCCUUAAGCCACGCCCGGUAUCACCGACCGGUGCAAGUUAGCCUUACCCAAACACUCCGACCAUGCACGCGCUACGCUUCUACCAAGUCCUCCACCGAGCCUAGCGGAACAUCACAAACUACUACACAAUUUUUGCCAAAACGAUACCGAGCGGCCCCCCCACCAGCGUCCCCGUUCAACAUCCCCACCGCAGAUCUCAAGCGCGAAUUCCUCCAACUACAAGGCCUGGUCCACCCAGACAAGUACCCCAACGGGGUUGAAAAACAGCAUGCUGAAGGCCUCUCAGCUCGGAUCAAUGAAGCCUACCGUACCUUGGUUGACCCGCUCCAGCGGGCGCAGUACAUUCUUCGCGAAUGGCAUGGAAUUGACGUGACAGCGGAGGAUGCAGCCACCAAGCAUGCGCUGGACCCUGAGACGUUGAUGGAAGUCAUGGAGGUGCAGGAGACGAUCGAAGAGGUUGGCGCUACCGCCGAAGGAGAGGGACAAAUCAAUGCUUUGAAGAAGGAGAAUGAGGUCAGAGUGCUUGAGUGUGUGGAGUCCCUGAGCAAGGCGUUUGAGAGCGGUGAACUUGAGGCUGCGAGGAAGGAGUGUAUCCGACUGCGCUUUUGGUACAGCGUUGGGGAAGGGCUGCGCGAGUGGGAACCUGGGAACACGGAGAUUCGUCUGAUGCAUACGAGCUGA